GUGCGGGCGGCGUGUUUGAAAGCGAGGCCAAAGUGGGUGGGAGCGCGUGCUGUUGGGAGUUGCUUGGAGGUUGGCGGCGUGGGGCUGAAGGCUAGCAAACCGAGCGAUCAUGUCGCACAAACAAAUUUACUAUUCGGACAAAUACGACGACGAGGAGUUUGAGUAUCGACAUGUCAUGCUGCCCAAGGACAUAGCCAAGCUGGUCCCUAAAACCCAUCUGAUGUCUGAAUCUGAAUGGAGGAAUCUUGGCGUUCAGCAGAGUCAGGGAUGGGUCCAUUAUAUGAUCCAUGAACCAGAACCUCACAUCUUGCUGUUCCGGCGCCCACUACCCAAGAAACCAAAGAAAUGAAGCUGGCAAGCUACUUUUCAGCCUCAAGCUUUACACAGCUGUCCUUACUUCCUAACAUCUUUCUGAUAACAUUAUUAUGUUGCCUUCUUGUUUCUCACUUUGAUAUUUAAAAGAUGUUCAAUACACUGUUUGAAUGUGCUGGUAACUGCUUUGCUUCUUGAGUAGAGCCACCACCACCAUAGCCCAGCCAGAUGAGUGCUCUGUGGACCCACAGCCUCAGCUGAGUGUGACCCCAGAAGCCACGAUGUGCUCUGUAUCCAGAACACACCUGGCAGAUGGAGGAAGCAUCUGAGUUUGAGACCAUGGCUGUUACAGGGAUCAUGUAAACUUGAUGUUUUUGUUUUUUCCUGCCGGGUGUUGUAUGUAUGGUGACUUGCAGAUUUAUGUUUCAGUGUACUGGAAACUUUCCAUUUUAUUCAAGAAAUCUGUUCAUGUUAAAAGCCUUGAUUAAAGAGGAAGUUUUUAUAAUCUAAUGCUGUAAUUGUAAGGGUUUUUUCCCUCUCACUCAGGGUGAGCAUCAUCAAUAUCAUGGUUCUAAUUAUAUGCCCUUCAGUUUGAUAAUGAAGCUCAGCUCUUUGCUGAUAAUGAAGUUUAACAUUGAGAUAACUGGUUUUUAAUCUACUUUAAGCAGACUUGCUGUCAAACAUCUACUAAAAUAUAUUUCACUCUAACUACUAGCCUGAGGUAGAGGUUAUAUAGGGACAACUUCAUCUCAUCCAAACAAAUGAACUGCUUCCUACAGUCGGGGUGCUGCCUUUAACAUAGUCCCAAUAUUUGAAUGGCACACAUGGAUAAAAGGAUGCUGUCAGUCAGGGGCUGCUUGUGUGUCCCAAUUCCUAAUAGGAAUAAUAAGCACAUCUAUGACCUAUUCACUGUGCCCCUUGGUUGGGGAAGGUUUUCAGCUGUUCUUAACUUGGGUUGGGCGUUGGAAUCACCUGGGGAGCUUUACAAGUACUGAUGCCUGCCUGAGUCAUUCUUAAGGAUUCUUAAUUGGUCUGGAGUGUGGACUGGGGGUAAAGAUUUCAGGCAUCUUAUGCAGGUAGGUAAAGAACUAAGCUUUGAGAAAACAGGUGCAAAAUGUAGCUGUUUAAGAAAACAUUCCAGGCCACGCGUGGUGGCUCACACCUGUAAUCCCAGCAUUUUGGGAGGCUAAGGAGGGCAGAUCACUUGAGGUCAGGAGUUCGAGACCAGCCUGGCCAACAUGGUGAAACUCCCGUCUCUAUUAAAAAUACAAAAAUUAGGCUGGGUGCAGUGGCUCAUGCCUGUAAUCCCAGCACUUUGGGAGGCUGAGGUGGGUGGAUCACCUGAGGUCAGAAGUUUGAAACCAGCCUGGCCAACAUGGUGAAACCCCAUCUCUACUAAAACAAAAUUAGCCGGGCGUGGUGGCACAUGCUUGUAAUCCCAGCUACUCCGGAGGCUGAGGCAGGAGAAUCACUUGAACCUGGGAGGCAGAGGUUGCAGUGAGCUGAGAUCACGCCAUUGCACUUCAGCCUGGGCAACAAGAGUGAAACUCUGUCUCAAAAAAAUAAAAAUAAAUUAGCCAGGCGUGGUGUGUGCCUGUAAUCCCUGCUACUCAGGAGGCUGAGGUGAGAGGAUCGCUUGAACCCGAGAGGCAGAGGUGAAAGUGAGCCAAGAUCACACCACUGCACUCAGCCUGGGCGACAGAGGCUGUGUCUCAAUUAAAAAAAAAACAUUCCACAGAAUAAUAACUUCCCCUCUAGUCUAACAAAACAGUAGUACUAAGUGGCCGGGCGUCGUGGCUCACGCCUGUAAUCACAGCACUUUGGGAGACCGAGGCUGGCGGAUCAUGAGGUCAGGAGAUCGAGACCAUCCUGGCUAACACGGUGAAACCCCGUCUCUACUAAAAAUACAAAAAAAUUAGCUGGGCGAGGUGGUGGGCGCCUGUAGUCCCAGCUACUCGGGAGGCUGAGGCAGGAGAAUGGCGUGAACUCGGGAGACGGAGCUUGCAGUGAGCCGAGAUUGCACCACUGCACUCCAGCCUGGGCGACAGAGCCAGACUCCGUCUCAAAAAAAAAAAAAAAUACUAGUACUAAGUAAGGAUAUUAAUCUCCCCCAUUUUUCCUGUCUUCCAUCCACUUAUUCCUAAAAUAUCAGGCAUCAACAUCGGGAAAACUCAGAAAUGCAAAUUACUGGGCUCCAACCUAGACCUACUGAAUCCUAAACUCAGGAUUGGGCACAGCAAUGUUUUAACAAGCUCUCCAACUGAUUCUGAUGUACACUUAAGCUUGAGAAUCCACUGGGAAAAUACUGGAAUAGUCUUGGUAUUCUGUUUUGGGAGGGGAUCAAAUAUCACCUGUAUUGCUAAUAAAGAUAUUGGAACGUGGUUUACUAGGCAA